GUCGAUUCUCGCAAUUAUCGUGAACUACGUGAGUGAGUCGUGCAAAACAGCAAAGCGCCAUUUUUCAAUCGCAUUCGUGCAAUGGUACUAUGUACAUCCACCUUGCUUUUCAAAAUCGAUCAAUUUCAGGACCACCUCCCGCGUGUAGUCAUAUUUUGUGUAGCCGAUGUUUUUUGCAACCCACGACAAACAGUAACGGGAAAAUGACUUCUGAUGUUAUCAUGCUAUGAAGUUGCACUCCCGGUACAGUAGUAAUGUAACAAAAUAGUGCUUCUUGCAUAGUACAACUACUAAGUUUUUGUGCACCGAGAAAAUAUCUUGAAGUCAGUGUGAAAAUUUUCCAAAAUAGCUUCCUCUUUGUACAAGAAUUCGUACUAACUAGAACUGCAGCACACUAUUUCGACCUAUCCAGGCUUCUUGCCGAUUUUGCCAUUUUGAUUUUGCUUCAUUUUGAACCUUUUGCUUAAAUUUUGGAACUGUGCUACUAAGUGAUCUUGAGCUGCAGGUGCGCUUUUGCUCUUAUUUACUGUUGUUUCACUUUUAAUAUCUCUUCUAUCUACAUUGUGAAGACAAGCCACUGUAUGCCGACGCGACACGACUGUGAUAUUUCAGUCUCGUAUGUCUGCGUUGCAUGACCUAAACCCAGUGCUCCUGGUACUACUAUUUCCCGUUUUAUUUUUCACAACAAAUACAAGCACAACUCUGUUGACGACUCGAGCCGCCCGCGAAAAACUUCCUCCGUCGCUAAAAGAGCCGGAUAUUAAUUUACUAUUGAGGCUCCGGCUUAAUAUAACCAGGGAUACAACUACACCAAAAUGCCGCUUCUUCCCGUAGUUCCCGGCAUCUCCCCCCACCUUCUCGUCCCGAAGGCGUCUGGUUUUGCCGUGGUCGUGCAUUCGCACUGGACCCAGGUCUACGAGAAUUACCACUGGCUGCCCGAGUACCUGCAGCAGCAGGAACAGGCUGAGCAGCGGGGACAACAACGGCAGCAGCAGCAGCAAGGAGGGGUCGGAGCUGAUACAACGAAUUCGACAACAACUCCCACCACGACGGCGGUGGUCCGCAACCGAUUGAGUGUGAAUGAGUCCGCGCCAUUUGCGAAUUUAUUAAACGGUGGAUUAUCGUCCACCACCUCCACGUUGGGUGGCGGUUUUUCUGCGUCUCAGUUUGAUCCGACGGUGCUGGACCUGCUGGGCUCGCGACCGGUUUUUUCGGAGCACGUUCUGUCAAAUGAAUUGUUCGACUACACCUACCGAAACCACAUCUUCCGUCUCCACGACCGUAACAGCAAUGUCGUGGUGUUUUUCCCGCACAUGAGCCUCAUGGAGCAACAGCAGCAGCAGGGAACAAAUGCUACCAGUAGUAGUGUGGAGCAGCAGGAGACGACAAGAACUGCGGGUUCGCUUUCGGCUGCGCAAGACGACGAGGAAACCGCUGCUGGUCGUGCAGUUUCCGCAUCAUCUGAGCUGCAAGAACGUGCUUCAUCCUUUGGGUUCAGCAGCGAACGAUCCGGAGAAGUUCCCGCUCUCGACGCCGCCACGGAGCGGUCGAGCAGCCACGGAACAAGCAGUGAUAAUGGGGCGACGUACGAGGAUGAGGAACAAGAUGAAGAUCGUUAUCAAUUGCAAAAAUGUCUGGGUCUGGAAGAAUACAAACUUGUGAUGCGCAUUUCAGAACACAGAAAAAUCUCUCACGCAUAGGUGGCAAAAGCUGCCCACUUUCUGUCACCAAAAUGGAAGAUUUGUCAUGCGGAUUCGGCAUUGCGGAAGCUUCUCGAAACCUGUGAUGCUAGAGCUUCCAUGCCUGACCUUCUGUGUCAUGCAAAAACAGCAUGACUCUUCCAGACCCAGACACUUUUGCAUUUGAUAAUCGUGACCUGAAGACUAUUUCUUGUUCUGCCACGAAAAAAGGAAUGAAUAUGAAGAAAACGGCCAGAAUUACUUCGACGUCGGCACCCGCACCCCAAAAUCAACUACAAGCUUCUACCUCCCUAAGCCUAAAAAUCGCGACCCCUACUUCUACAUCACAUGAUCAAGAACUGACUAUUCCGGAGUUGUUUGACGAGGACGAGCUGGAGGGCAUCCUGUUUUCCCGGGAGAACCAGCACGACUUUUACGAGCAGAAAUCCAUCUACUACGAGGGCGACUGCAGCAUCGAUGGCUUAUCAAAUGUAAAAAUCCCUGGAUGUCUGGAAGAAUGCAACUUGUGAUGCUGAAUUUGGAUUCCACAAAAAUCUGUAUUGCAUGAGCAGCAAAGGGAGUGGUGUGGAAUUUUUGCUACACGGAGAGGGCAUUUGUCAUGCGGAAUAGGCACCAUCACGAAGCCCUCAAAAAGUCUGUGAUGCUAGGGCAUGCAUCACAGACAUUAUGGCCCAGGCAAAACAGGCAUGACAAGUCUCAGAAUCUUCCAGACCCAGACACUUUUACAUUUGAUAUGGCUGCAACUUGUACGAUUUUUCCGGGGCCAGCACGUCCUACCCAAGUUCCACCACAUCCGAAGAAGACGACUCCUCUUCGUCUUCGGGGGAUGACGAAAGAGCUACUGGAAAGGACAAGAGGACCAACAGCAGUCCUCUGUACGGUAAUAUCAGCAGCUGCUGUUGUUCCACCUCUUCUGGUUUGCGCACAACAUCAAGCAGCGAAGGGGGCGUGCAGACGACGACGACAACGACGACGAGCACCGCCAGCGCUGCAACGGGCGGUGGAACUACAACCGACUCUACGAGCUGCACUAGAACAAGUGGAGUGUUGGCCCAAGCCAGCACAACAACUGCGGCAUCCUCGUCGUCCUCUAGUGGUCGCACGACAGCAACUCGAUACAACUACAACAACCAACGGCAUCAAAUUGACCUCUCCGCUGAGCACUGGACCAUUAUCCACUGCAAAAGUAUCGUAGUCGUAUGAAUUGCAGGUAUGCAUGAGAAAGCUGCUUUCCUGUCUGAAUCUGCAUUACAGAUUCCAAUUUUCUUCUUGAACAAAUUUGUCAUGCGGUUUAUACUAGUGCGAUACUUUUGCAAUGCAUAACCAUGCGCAACGGACAACUGGAGCGACCGGACGCGUGGACCAUCACCUCGGGACCCGGACUCUCGAGAGGUGGAUAUCCUGUGCAAAAGUAGCGUACUCGUAGUAAUUGCAGUCAUGCAUUACAAAUCUUUUUCUGAAGGCAAAUCCGCAUUACAAAUUCCAUUUCAUUCUGAUGCUAAGGAGUAAUUUGUAAUGCAAUUUAUACUAUAGUACGAUGCUUUUGCAGUUCAUAGUGGAACCGCUGCACGAAUGCUCGACCUCUCUGUGGCGGGGACGGCGCUGUACGGUCGUGCUGGUGCCGCCGCACAUCAACAGCACACGGACCAAACGUGCCGACCGCUGAUCAUUUGCGGAAUGAGCCGGGUCUAG